AAGUGGCAAUGUCAUUUUACAGGACAGGAUUUGACUUUGACAGAAUUGACAAUAAACAUCGAUGCCGUUCUGUCGGCUGAUAAUAUUUUGUAAAGCGAUUUGUAUUGUUAUGAAAAUGUGCUGUGAUAUAACUAAUAGUAAUCAAUCAAGUUAGUCAAAAUGGGAAGUUUAAACAUAGCAGAGUGGUCACCGGACCAGGUGAUGGAUUGGCUGUCCGGGCUGGGGCCCACGGUGGCGGGCUACGUGCCGGCGCUUCGCCAGCGCGGCCUGGACGGCGCCAAGCUGCUCACCCUACGAUGUGAUGAUCUCGAAUACCUCGGAAUUCACGUUAUCGGGCACCAGGAGCUGCUGCUCGAAGCAGUCGAACACUUGCGGAACUUUCAGUACGAGGUGUCGCGCGAGUGCGUGCAGCAGCUGGCGCUGCGCGUGUCGGGCGCGGCCACGUCGCUGGCUCGCGCGCUGCGGCACGCGGCGGACGCGCGCCUCGAGACGCACUCGCUGGCGGACGUGGCGCGCACCGUGCACGCCGUCAAGCCGCUCGUCUGCUGGCUCGACAGGUGGGCGGGCACGGGCGCGGCGCUGGGCGAGCGCAAGGCGGCGCUGCUGAAGCUGGCGCUGGAGGCGGCCACGUGCGCGCAGCGCGACCGCUUCGCCGAGCAGCCCGCGCGCGCCGUCGCCGCCGCCGCCGCCGCCGCCGCGCAGCUCGCAGACUACAUCAUACAGGACGUGUCGGACCCGAUGAUCCUGCAGCCGGCCUCGCUGGACACGGUGACGCUGCGGCAGGGCGCGCGCGCUCUCGGCUUCGAGGUGCUGCCCUCCUUCUGCGGCCACCACCAGCUCGCCCACAUCCGCUUCGGCUCGCCCGCGCACGCUUCGGGCGCCGUGCACGACGGCGACGAGAUCGUGCAGGUGGGCGCGCAGUGCGUCAUCGGGUGGAGCGGCGAGGCGGUGGAGCAGCUCUGCGCGCGCACCGCCGCCGCGGCGCCCGCCGGGGAGCUGCCGCUGCGUCUGCGUCGUCGCGGCGCCGCCCGCCUCGCCCGCACCCCCCCGCUGCACGCCCCGCGCCGCGCCCGCCGCCGCCUGCCUCCCGCCGCCGACCUGCUCGCGCACAGGUCCCCGCGAUGA